AUGGAAAUCAAUCCAAGCUAUAUAGAGAGCCUAUUGAUUGGCGUUCAAUCCAAUGAUUCUGAUAUCCGAAAGUCUUCAGAAUCUCUUAUUUAUUCGCUGUCAGAGAAAUAUGUAGCUGAUGUCGUCACGUCGCUGGUAUCAGUAGCACUUGACAACACUCGCCCGGUCGGCUUGAGGCAAGGUGCUAUUUUGAUGCUUAAAGUGAUAAUACUACGGUCUUGGAGCAUUGGCUUUGAUCAAUUUGUUGGACCACCUAUUUCAAUUGAUAUAAAGGACCAUGUUCGAUCUGAAGUGCUGAAGUUGAUCAGCGAUGAAGAGCAAAAAAUAAGGUCAGUUGCCGCUUUGUUGGUUGCCAAAAUAGCAUCCGUUGAUUUUCCUGAUGAAUGGCCUGGUCUGUUAAAUAUAGUUAAAUCGCAGUUGGAGAGCUCCAAAAAUGAAAUCAUGGAUGGGCGUGUGUCUUAUGCGCUUGAGGGCACACUGACGGUUCUAAAUGAACUGUUAAAUGACGCACUUAGUGAAAAUGAUUUUUUUGUUCAUGGCCCAGAAAUACUAGCAUCGCUAUUGGGGUCGCUUAGGUUACUUAUUCAUGGACCGGCCGAUGUUAGACUCUGGAAACUGUCAGCCUUGGUGGUUCAAUGCUUUACUGCCUGUAUCCAGUUCCUUUUAAUGGCCGAAGACCACCAACAAGAGGCUUUAGAUCAGGCAGCAAAGGAUAUUAUCCAUCAAUGGUCCAAGCCAUUCCUGGAUAUUCUCUAUACAAGUAAUUAUGAGGGAGCUUUAGAUCCAAUCGCAGCUUCAUACGACUCUCCACUCUCUGUUGCAAUAAUGGAGACGAAGAUAGAAGUGAUCUCAGCUCUUCGCGAGUUAGAAUCUGCUUUUCCGUCAUUUAUGCAUCGUACAAAGUUGCCAGAACUGUUCAAAUCUGUCUGGUCUGACUGGAUUUCGCUGGCUAAUGUUUGGCCUCACUGCACCAAUCUUUCGGAAACAGCCGGGCAAGCAAUGACAACUCUGGUUAUGGAGCAAAUCGAAUUUCUUGCUACGUGUAUUGGGUCAAAUGCUGAAAUCCGUUUGGAAAUAACCAACUUACAUGCUUUAACAGCAUUGGCCUCGACAGCGGUCACUUAUGCUUCCCUAACAAAUGAAACGGCUAAUGUCUGGGAUGAUGAUUGUAAUGAAUUUGUAACCAUAGAGAGGGAGUUAUCUUUAGACAGGAACCCUAGGACGGAAAUCUUGCCAUUGGUUGUGGCAGUUAAAUCGCCAAAUCUGUAUUCUGUACUGUGGCACACGCGGCAGGAAGAUAAUGCAACACAAAUGGAGAGCAUUUUGUAUUUACUUGAUGGUGUAAUUAAAGAGGUAUCAGUAUCGUCGCAGAAAAUUGACUCUUCUUUUUUGGCCUCGUUGGUAGAUGCCCUAUUCAUUUUUCAAGGACCAUUACCGGAUGCUGCCAUUAAUCGUCUAUUAAAAGUCAGGGCAACGAUCCUAGGUUCAACAAUAAGCAAAAACUUCGGGGCUAGAAUUGACAACAACACAGUAAGGUACAGAUUUCUUCAUAACACACUCGAAGCCUUAUCGGAUGAAAAUGCUACCAUUAAGAUCGCUGCUCUUAUAUCUUUUAACGUGUUCUCAAAAUCGUUCAAGGAUCUUGAUUUAAUUAAGAGCCGUCAGAACGAAAUUUUUGCAUGUAUCGUUUCGUUGACAGAUGAGGCGACUGGAGAUACGCCUGCCAUGCUUGUUGAGAUAUUGUUAGAUGCGAUUAGGCUUGAUUUUCAAGCGGCCUUUGAAACCUCGGCAUCUGAUAUUCUUCGAUUACUCUUCACCCUUGCUUCCAAAGAUACCGCAAACAUAGAACUAACCACAGAGGUGCAAGAAAUGUUAGAAGAGAUUACAGAAAAUGCGACUUUGUCUGAAGAGUCUAACCACCUGUAUUCAAAAAUUUGCGCAGAAGCGAUACCGUUAUUGUUGACAAAUAUUACAGCUACAGUCGAUGGUUCUUUUAGUCCGGAUCUGAUUCUGUCUCUUGACCUCCUUGGCUCUUUGGUCGACAGGGGCCCAGAAGUAUUACCUCCGGCAAUUGUAGAUGCAACUCUGCAACCAAUUUUUAGAUUAAUUCAAAUAUCUGAUGAUGCGUUAAUUUUGCAGAGUGCCUCGACAACUUUUACAUAUCUUGUUGAGCAUGGUUUCCAGCAAAUAGCACGUUCAGAGACCAUUGGUAACGGACAGUCGGGAACGGAGGCUGUAUUGUCAGUUGCGUCCAAACUCUUAGAUCCAUCUUGGGAGGAUUCAGCUGCAUUGGCAUCAGGACGACUUGUGAUUGCUAUCAUCAACAAAUAUGGAGUUGCUCUUGGAAACCUACUGCCGCGUUUGCUUGAUGCAACGGUAAGACGAUUGAUUCAAGCUGAAAAUCUUAGUUUAGUAGAAAGCCUUGUCUCUGUAUUUUGUCUGUUAGUGUUACAAUCUCCUCAAGAAGUUGUGGAUAUCCUGGCUAGCAUUCAACUCAGUGACGAGAAUAAGAGCGCCCUGGACGGUGUUCUAACUAAAUGGCUGAGUACGUUUGAGUAUGUACGGGGUUACGAUGAAAUCCGACGCAAUGUGGUUGCACUACAGAAGCUAUAUAUGUUGAACGAUUCGCGUGUUAAAGCAGUACUUGUUGAUGGUGACCUUGAGGUUGUACCAAAGGACGUGAUUAUCACAAGAUCUAAAGCAAAAAACUUGAAGUAUAGUCAAAUAAGUGCCCAGGAGAAGAUCGUGAAACUUCUGAUCAAGGAACUUUCUACCACACCGUCAGCUGCAGAAGGGGUGGACCUUUCGCGAUUGAAAUCAGUUGGUAAUGAUGAUAUUGGCGAUGAUGAAGAUGAUGGAUGGGAAGAUGAUUUCACUGAUUCUAUCGUCCCAGCUUCAACAUUGAAUUCAGAAGAUUUCACUGGUCAACCACCAAUUAGGCAUCUCGAUACUGAAACUUAUUCUAUUAUAUUAGACUGGUUUAAACAAAUUUCGAACGCGAAUGAGUUUCAAGGCAUUUACCACAAUCUGACAGAUACUGAACAGGGCAUACUGAAAGAGCAGAUGCAAAGGUAG